CCACAUACAAACCACCACUAUUUUACUACUACUAAGUGUUUUCUGUUUGGUCUUCUCUUCUAAAGUCUCAACUCCUCCAUUUUUAUAGCCGAGUCCAUUGCACCGAUUUUAAAGACUCUCUCUCUCUCUCUUGAUCGGUUCUUGAUUUAUGGCCAAAGGAAGAAGUGGACUCUCCAUUGAUUCAGAUCUCAUUAGUAGUGGUUUCUUUAUACACAAGCCACCUACUGUCCUCAAUUCUUUCCCUGAAGAUCAUCAUCAUCAUCAUCAUCAACACAGCAUCACUGCUGCUACUCUUAUGGAUGCCACUGCUGCUUCUGCCAAGUCCCCUUCUCCUCCUUCGACUAUCCAGUUCCCAGUUAAUCUUAACUCCAUUCAUCGCCACCAUCAUGGUAAUAGUAAUAUUAAUGAAGAUGAUGACCUCUCUUUGCCCUCUGAUCAUGAUUAUAAACGGACCGCCAUCGACGAGAUGGACUUCUUUGCUGAGAAACACCAUCGUGAUGAUGAUGAUGAUGAUGAUGUUAAGCCUACCAACAACACCUCUCCCACCAUUGAUGACUUUAAAGACCCUAAGAGUUUGGGAUUUGACGUAAACACGGGUUUGAAUCUUCUUACUACGAAUACUAGUAGUGACCAAUCCAUGGUGGAUGAUGGGAUAUCCAGUAAUAUGGAAGAUAAAAGAGCUAAAAAUGAGCAGUUAGCAGUCCUGCAAGCUGAGCUAGAAAGAAUGAAGGUAGAGAAUUUACGGUUGAGAGACAUGUUAAGUCAGGUUACAAGCAAUUACAACGCAUUACAGAUGCAUUUAGUGACACUUAUGCAAGACCAAAAGCAGUCUCGCGACGAGAUUACCAAUGGAGAGGAAAAGAAGAAACAUAAUGGAAAUGGCACAGCCGUGGGUCCGAGACAGUUCAUGGAUCUUGGUCUGGCUGCAGCCACUGCUGGUGGUGCUGGUGGUGAUACAGAUGAGCUUUCCUUAUCUUCAUCAGAAGGAAGAAGCCGCGACCGAUCAAGGUCACCGGGUAAUAAUAAUAACAAUAAUAUUGAAGACGGAACAGCGUUUGAUCAAGAUAAGAAAGGGAUUAAUGGAGGAAUUGAAAGAGAAGAUAGCCCAGAUCAAGGUUGGGGGUCUAAUAAGGUUGCUAGAUUUAAUUCUUCGAAAAACAGUGUUGAUCAGACUGAAGCUACAAUCAGAAAGGCUCGUGUUUCGGUCAGAGCUAGAUCGGAGGCUCCCAUGAUAACUGAUGGAUGUCAAUGGAGAAAGUAUGGGCAGAAAAUGGCAAAGGGAAAUCCCUGUCCUCGAGCUUAUUAUCGGUGCACUAUGGCCGCCGGUUGCCCAGUCAGAAAACAGGUACAAAGAUGUGCAGAAGAUCGAACAAUCCUCAUAACAACAUAUGAGGGAAAUCAUAACCAUCCUUUGCCUCCUGCCGCCAUGGCAAUGGCAUCAACAACUUCUUCGGCAGCUCGAAUGUUGCUGUCAGGUUCCAUGUCUAGUGCUGAUGGAAUUAUGAAUCCAAAUUUUCUCACCAGAACUAUCCUACCAUGCUCUUCUAGCAUGGCCACCAUUUCAGCUUCAGCCCCAUUUCCUACUGUUACAUUGGACCUCACACAAAACCCGAACCCUUUACAAUUCCAAAGACAACAAACACAAUUCCAGGUCCCGUUUCCGAACCCACCUCAGAACUUUGCUAAUUCACCAGCUGCAGCUUUGCUGCCUCAGAUUUUUGGGCAGGCACUUUAUAACCAGUCAAAGUUUUCAGGCCUGCAAAUGUCCCAAGAUGUGGAGGGUAAUAAUAAAUUAGGCAACCAGUCUCAACCUGGACCAAUUCAGCAGCAGCAACAAGGGCAGCAAAAUUCAUUUGCUGAUACCGUAAGCGCGGCAACUGCUGCCAUUGCAGCUGAUCCUAACUUCACUGCAGCUUUAGCAGCAGCAAUUACCUCAAUAAUUGGUGGUGGUGGUGGCAGUAAUGGUGGUGCUCACCCCAGCAACAUAACUCAUAUUACUGACAACAAUAACCUGACAAGCACCAGCAAUAACAAUGGCAACGUAACUACUACCAACAACAAUAGCAAUGCCAACAAUAAAAUUACCAAUUCAGGUUUUCAAGGGAAUUAAACAGAAACUAUUUCGUUUUUCUUUAAUUUUUUUUCUUUAUUUUUUGGCUGGGAUGAUUUCUUUUUUCUUUUUGAUAUACAUGUUCAUUAUAUCAAUUCCUUUAGCUGGGGAUGAGGUAGGAUAGAAAUUAAGCAUAGGUUAAUUUGGUAUUCUUUGUUACUUUGAAUAAUGUGUUUUCAAUUGUAUGUCAAUACAAAGUCAAAGAAAAAGAAAUGAAAAAAAAGGGAAAAAAAAUAUUAAAAAGAAAGAAGCAUAUAAAAUUAUCUUUCUGUGGUCCCAAGAAUUAAAGAAAGCUGUUUUAUUUUGAA